GAGACACACAGAGACUAAAUAUGAAAUUUAGUGGAAUUAUAGAAUUCAAACUUUAUGAUCAAACUAAUUGAACCGUAAUUGUCAAUUGCACAUGAUAUACUUUAUUUACGGUGAUUCACUAUUGAAAGGAAUGAGGACAUCGAAAUGCUUGGAGAUCAAUAAAGGACUGGCACAGGUUGAUACGACAUACAUAGCUAUCCUAGUUACCUAUAUAUAUAGGUAGGAUUCCCUGUUUAAGGUUAUUUCCUGCAAGCUGGUAGCACUCAUUAUGUGGAUAUGUACAUUGAAAAUCACAUGGAUGUACUUGGAUCAAGCAGAAGACAAUUACAAGCAUGGAGCACAGUCGGAGGUUCAAUACCUUACAUGGAGCCAAUAGUUCCAAUUCGUAUAGGCGGCUACACUCGUAUGCACAAUUUACUGCCUUGGAGACCGAAUGCUGGAUUCGAAAACACAGAAGUCAUACCCUUGACUUCAAGGUCAAUAUUGAACUAUCCGCUGGAUGCGAGCGAGAAAAUGGGAACGCGACCGUUAAAAUUCCCAAAUCUGAUAACGGGCUAUCAACGCAAUCCCGUUCACGCGUCGCAUGCCGCCCUUUACACGAGAUACACGCCACAGGAGUGGUUCCAAAAACAAGUGAAAUAUUACAACGAAGCGGACUCGCAGAGGCAUUAUUCGGAGAGGAUGCGUAGCGAUGCCGUGAGAAUUAUUAGAAAUGCCGAGGAAAAGAUACAGCACGGCCAGUACGAUACCAAUCGGAGACUCGGUGAGAGAAUAAGCGACGUUACUUUUUGGCGUAACGAAGUGGCAUCGGAACUGGAGAGAAUGCUUCACGAAAUCGAGAGACUUCAGGAUUCCAGGGGUGUCUUAGAGAAGGCAGUACGAGAUAUCGAAGGACCCCUGCACAUCGCAGAGGAAUGUCUUUACCACAGAGAAGCUAGAAAAGGCACAGAAUUGGUACAUGACGACUCGGAAAAAUGCUUACUGCGAGAGGUGGAGAGCCUGCGGACGAAUCAAAAGAAGCUACAGGGCUGUUUAAAUAAGUGCAAGGAUCAGCUACGAAAUUGCAGAGCUUCGCAGAAUCAACUGGAGCUAGAUCUAAAGAACAAAGAAUCCGCCUUAGGCAUAGAUACCGUUUGCCAUCACUUGAGCAAUCAAACUCACGGGAUACAAUAUUAUUCCGGGAUUGAAAAAUUCGACCCAUGUGUUUCCGAGCAGGAGAGCUGGGCGGAUGCGGCGAACAGGAUAGUGCAGAAAUCUCAAAACGAACGCGGUAGGUCGAGCCAGCUACGUACCACCGCCGAGAGUCUCAUCAACAAAGUCUCUCAGGAAAUGUGGAAUACUUGGAGCAACAGCAACAGUUCUCUAGCGCAUAGAUGUUCCGAGUUACUCGAGGCUAAGAGCAAGCUUCAACAGCACUUGCAGAAAGUGCAGCAAGAAAUAUUUGACGUCGAGAAAAACUUGGAGUUAAUGCGUAAAGCCAUCGCGGACAAGAGCUACGCGACGAAAGUCGCACAUACCAGGCUGGAGGCGAGAAUGCACCGUCCCGAUAUGGAAUUGUGUCGCGAUUACGCCCACGCGAGUCUUCAAAAGGAAAUCGAGGAGAUAAAUCAUCAGCUCGAGCGAAUGCACAAGGCGCUGAAGGAGCUGGAAAAUCAGCACCAGAAAUUACUGAGGACUCGGACCAUGUUGGAGCACGAUCUCGCACUGAAAAUCGACGCGAUAUACAUCGACAAGGAGAAAGUUUGCGGUCUUAGACGCGCGUAUCCUGUUAACGCACUGUUCAGAUUUUAAUGCUGUUAACGCUAGAUUCUACCUGCAGAUUUACUGCCAUUUACACUUUAUGAGAAUAUUUCUAUCAUUUGGAAUACACUCCUAGAGGAAUUUAGGCUACGUGAUAUUUCCAUAUAGCACAGAACUUAGAAAAA